GUAUUAAGUAUGCAGUAUUACACACUGCAGCCCUCCUACACCCCAGUAUAUGGGAUCCAGAGGGACAAGCUGGCCAGUCAUAACAGAAGCAAGACAGCAACUGCUCACAUCACACGACACCACAAGGAAACACACAAAGGACCAUCAACACACUGUCCAUGGACCUGACUGCUUGAUAAGUUAUUGAAAAUAAGUGUGUUACUGAGGAGAAGAAGGGGACUCAUCUCAGCACACAUCUCACAAUCACUGGACAUCUUAUUAAGUGACUGUUGGAAGAUCUGACUUUCCCUACUGAGUACUAGACUCUCAGCAACCUACUUGUGAGAAAGACAAGAAAAAAUCUGGACUGAGGUUUUUCUACGAAACAUUUUUUAGACGUUGAGAGCGCCCUACAGUUUCCUCAGUGAUGGCAACAACAGGUCUUCAGCUGCUGGGCUUGGUGUUGGCUGUGAUGGGUUGGGUGUGUGGGGCGUUGGUGUGUGCUGCUCCUCUGUGGCGUGUGUCCGCCUUCGUGGGUGGGGAGCUGGUCAUAGCCCAGGUGUUGUGGGAGGGACUGUGGAUGAACUGCCUGUCUCAGACCACAGGCCAUAUCCAGUGCAAAAGCUAUGACUCCACCCUUGCCCUGCCCACCUCUGCCCAAGCUGCCCGGGGCCUCACGGUUCUCUCCCUGCUCCUCUGCGUCCUGGCCCUCAUACUUGGGGUGGCGGGGGCCAAGUGUACUCACUGCAUGGGUGACAACAACCAGGCAUCCAAGGCACGGCUGGGCAGGAUAGCAGGGGUGCUCUUCCUUGUGGCUGGCCUUGCCUACUUGAUACCCAUCUGCUGGACUGCCUAUGUAAUCAUCCGGGACUUCUAUAAUCCGAACAUUGCGGCGCCUUUAAAGAGAGAGCUGGGGCCGGCACUGUACCUGGGCUGGGGGGCCUGUGUGCUGCUCCUGGUAGGGGGUGCUCUGCUGCAUGUCGGCUCGUCUUCACCAGUAGGAAGAACGCGGCCCGUUUUUGGAGGAGCAGCGAAGGACAACCCACAUCCAGGGGCAGCAGGAGAGGGGAGGCAACCGGAGAAAUCUUUUGUAUGAAAUCAUUUUAUUGGACGUGUGAGGGACAAACAACCUCGUCACACAAGCUACUAGAAACUGCAAGGUCACAAUCUAUUACAGGAUAUUCAGCUUACACUGUGCUUUAUAUCUUAAAAAGCAGAAUUAGUGUAGGCAUAUGUGUCUUUAAGUUAUAAUGUGGAUUUCAUUAUUUGUUGGUAACUGAUGGUUUUACAUUUAUUAAUACAUUUACAUAAUGAACUGCACAGCAAUGGUUUCUAAUAGAACUGACAUUAUUUAUUAGCUUUCUGUCAGAGUGGGAGUUGACAUGAAUUGUGGGAGGAUUUUAGAUGUUUAGAUGUUUACUAAUGUGUGUGACUUACAUUUCUCAAAUUCCACUCUGCCUCUGCUUGUGUUUGUGUGUUUGUGUAUGUGUGUGUGUGUGUGUGUGUGUGUGUGUGUGUGUGUGUGUGUGUGUGUGUGUGGGCAGUCUGUGUACAGAAGACCAGUGUACACAGUAUAUCAGUGUAUGCUGGUGUGUUCACUGAAAAUUUGUGUGGGAAUUCAGAGCAGAUGCUUGUUUAUGUACUUUUUAUAAUUAUGAGUAUUUGGGGUUUUCUAAGCAAAUUUACUUUCUUUUACUAUCAUUUUUCCUUUUUUCUAUUUAUUUCUUUAUUCUUGUCUACAUUUAUUUUUACCGUUGUCCUGCAAUAUGUGUAUUUACUUUACGUUUUAUUUAUGUCAGUUCAAAUGCCCCUAUUGUUGAAGUUUUAGAGAUUGUUUUUUUUCCUAUGUAUGAGAAAUAAUUAUUGUUUAUGUAAUAUUAUUUCCAGUAGUAGCAAUAGUUGUAUUAAUUUAGUUUAACAAAUGCAAUUUAAAAAACAUUUGUUGCUGACAUGAACAUUUUUGACCUUGUGUUCUAUAACUUUAUAGUUUACUAAUUCUCACCAUUAAAUAAAAGAAGUAUUUGGUUCUCACUGGGUUAGGAUAAGUAAAAUGGGUUGGCUAUGAUUAGGGUUAGGAUAACAUAGUCUAUAGAUGUAGCAAGUCUUAUAAUGUUUCAUGUAGCUUUUGCCAAAUCACAGCUGAAUUAAUAACAUUACAGUAUACAUUAUUCAGUAGUGUGACAUUGCAUUUUGCAUCUUUUUUCGUGUCGACUAACUGUAAUUUAUAACCACUUUUGUACAAUAAAUGUGUGUUUGUAUUCCACUACAACUGAUUAUACAUUAGCUAUAAGGCCCCUGUGAUGUGUGUUUACGUGCAGAAUAAAUACUGUGUGUGUUA